CCUACGUGAUGACGUCAGACCGUGCGUAUUCUGCUGUGAUCCAGGAGAUGCUGUCAGAGGAGACCCCGCCUCCCGCACAGGAGACCCCGCCUCCCCACAUCCUGUUGGUGGAGGCGUUUUAUGGCGGCUCGCACAAACAGCUUAUGGACCUGUUGAAGGAAAACAUCGCGGGCUGCUCCGUCUUCACGCUACCUGCCAAAAAAUGGCACUGGAGGGCAAGAACAGCGGCGCUCUACUUCAGCCAGACCAUCCCCGCCUGCCCGUCAUACAGGCUCCUCUUCAGCAGCUCCGUCCUCAGCUUGUGUGAGCUAGCGGCUCUCAGACCAGAUCUGGCCCGGCUCAAGAAGGUGCUGUACUUCCACGAGAACCAGCUGCUUUAUCCGGUCCGCCGACACCAGGACAGGGACUUCCAGUACGGCUACAACCAGGUGCUCUCAUGCCUGGUGGCAGAUGUCGUGGUCUUCAACUCCCGCUUCAACAUGGACUCCUUCCUGUCAUCCAUCCCCUCCUUCAUGAACAAGAUCCCAGACCAUCGCCCCAAAGACUUGGACCGCCUCAUCAGGCCCAAGUGUGUGGUCCUGAACUUCCCGCUCCAGUUUCCUGAUGUCAGCAGGUUCUUGCCUAAACACAAACUCCUGCAGCGGCCUACUGAGCAGUCUCGUGUUGAUGAUAUCAUGUUGCAGGGCGAGCAGCAGCAGAGCAGAGCUCACGAUGAAGAUGCGCCACGGUGUGAGCAGCCUGCAGAGGGGGGCAUGGCCAGCCAGGUGAAGCCUUUGCACAUCGUGUGGCCUCACAGGUGGGAGCAUGAUAAAAACCCUGAGCUGUUCUUCAGCACUCUGCUCAGACUGAAGGAGCGAGGACUCGACUUCCACCUGUCCGUGCUCGGAGAGACCUUCACCGACGUGCCCGAGAUCUUCUCCUCCUCCAGACUCCUCCUGGACUCCCACAUCUUGAACUGGGGUUUCCUCCCCUCUAAGGAGGACUACCUGAGGGUUCUGUGUGAGGCUGAUGUUGUUGUCUCCACUGCCAAUCACGAGUUCUUCGGCGUCGCCAUGUUGGAGGCGGUGCACUGCGGCUGCUUCCCUCUGUGUCCGAAGGCGCUCGUUUACCCCGAGAUAUUUCCAGCACAGUACCUGUACUCCACACCUGAGCAGCUCUGUAAGCGGCUGCAGGGACUCUGCAGGAAGCCCGACGUUGCCCGUAGACAUAUCGUCAAGGUGGACACCUCAGCCUACUCCUGGGCCGCCCUGAAGCCGCGUUUCCAGGAUUUGUUGUCAGCCCCGUGUCCCUGAACACACCGCUGCCGCCAUCGCGUCUGACCUGUGGCGCCAUUGAGCUCAGAAUCAGAGCCAACUUUGAGCCCACGAGUCUGGACUCGUUCUGGUCUCCUCAGACUGGGUUCUUGGAGGAGUUCUGUGCUGGACCCACAAAGAGGCCAAUUCUUCCUCCACAGGACUGAUCAGACUGGACCAGGUCCUGGUCUUGAUCCUGGUUUAACUCUGGGUCCUAGUCCUGAUCCUGGACCUGGUCCAGGAUUCUGAAGUUUGUUUGUGGUUCUGCUGAAGAUGCUGUAAAACCUUUCUGAUAUGUUUUAAAUGGACUCGUUUGUUAUUGAUAAACAUGACAUAAAAUCAGAAUUAACACAA